UGAUUAGUUUUCCGAUUACACAGAGCUGAUUACUGAUUACUAAUAUUGAAGAGGCUAUCGAUUAGUUUUCAGCCGCAUCCGGUCAGGUCUCUGGUCAACUUGAAGAUAAACAUGUGUGAGGAGCACACAGUGUCUCUGGUUGAUGUUCUGGAGGAGGAUGAGGAGCUGGAGGAAGAGGCUUCAGCUGUGUUGGCAGGAAGUGACUCAGAUCAUUGCUCAUAUCCUCAGGGCUAUGUGAAGCGACAGGCUCUGUAUGCCUGUAACACCUGCACACCAAAAGGAGUAGAGGCAGCAGGAGUGUGUUUGGCCUGUUCAUACAAAUGUCAUGAAGGUCAUGACUUAUUUGAACUCUACACCAAAAGAAACUUUCGUUGUGACUGUGGAAACAGGAAGUUCAAAGAGCUGCAGUGUAAACUCCAUCCAGAGAAAGACGAGGUCAACAAUCUGAAUAAAUACAGUCAUAACUUCUUCGGAGUUUACUGCACCUGCAGCCGGCCUUAUCCAGACCCAGAUGACCAGGUGGAGGAUGAGAUGAUUCAAUGUGUGGUGUGUGAAGACUGGCUGCAUGGCAGGCAUCUGGGCUGUGUGGUACCAGACUGCGUGGAGUUGCAGGAGAUGAUCUGUGAGUCCUGUAUGAACAAAAACCCGUUUCUCUGGACUUAUGCUGCUCACCUUGCAGUGCCAGAUGCAGCAUUACAGGUUAAGGUGGAAACAGGACCGGAAGACUCAAAAACAAACAUUUCUAACAAAGAAAAGGAGGUUGAUGAUGUGAUAGAGCCCAGCUCUAAGCGUAGCCGUGCGGAGGAGGAGCCAAGCUGUACACUAAGGCAGCUACAGGCGAUUGGUCAGAAAAGAGUCCAAUCAGGCGCUGUGUUUUGGCCAUCAGCAUGGCGCUCCAAGCUUUGCUCCUGCAACACCUGCCAGAAGCGUCUAUCUGAGGCCGAUCUAUCCUUCCUGUUGGAUGAGUCAGACACUGUCCUCACCUACGAAAACAAAGGAAAAAACAAUGAACAGAGACAGCAAGGACACGACCCUCUGAUGUCAGCAUUGGACAACCUGAACAGAGUACAGCAGCUUGAGAUCAUCCAUGGAUACAACGACAUGAAAGCAGAACUGAAGGACUUUCUGCAGAGAUUUGCAGCUGAAGGAAAGGUUGUGACUUCUGAUGACAUCCGUCAGUUCUUUGAGCAACAAAGUCGCAAAAGACGCAGAGAUGACACCGGACAUUUUUACUGCACCUGAUCACCCCGACAUUGUACCUCCAGAAAUGCUCACCUCUGACUGUUUUCUUUUCUUUACUUGAUUGACAUCUAAUUAGCCAUUAAAAUACCAUUAACCUUUGCUUGGCCUCCUAACUGGAAAAUCCACUCUCGUUUUUUAUUCCUGCAAUGUUUUUUCUCAUUUCUUGUUGUUUGUUGAUUAUGCUGGCCAGCAUUUAAAAGUUUGGAGCUAUGAGAGAUCAAACAUCCUGUUUUGUCUGUGUUUCAGAGGUUACCAACGUUAAUUAAUGUUUUUUAGUGUCACCUUUGUGUUUCCUUUUUAAGAAAACGAAUAAAACAAUCAAAAUGUUAACAUGGCAUCUGAUUUCAGAAUCAGUCAGCAGCACGGAUUGAUUAGUGAACUGACUGCUGCUUGAGGAAGAAAAGCAAAAUGAAAAUGUGAUGGUUUCAGCUAAUAAUGGGGAGUCUUUCCUCGAAACCGUUGAGAUACUAUGAUCAUGCAUUGUUGUGAAAAGUAAAAAGACCUUUAUUUCAAAAAUAUGCAUUACUGUCAGCAGGCUGGUUCAACUAAGCUGGUUUCUGUCAUCGGACUUGUGUCAGAAUUCUAAAAUUCACUUGCAAAUGUUUACACAUACCUAUAUUCUGUAACCGCUGACUCAAAUUACAUGUUGAUGUUCCAAUUUGUUACUGACUUUGUUUUAUCAGUAAAAUUGAUUUUUGUAAUUGUAUAGAGAACUAAUUAUGUUUCCUCUUUAUAACCACGGUGGAAUGCCACAGAUUAAGUAAUUUUAUUAGUGCCACAUCUCCUGACAAAACAAAAGCAGCUGUGCUGACAUGAACAACAAAACUUUGAGGCGCAAAUGGUCUAAAUCAGUUGCAGAUGUCUCAGUCUCUCAAUAAACGAAAAACUGCUGGCAAAA